AUGCAUGCUGAACCCCGUGUCAUCACUGAAAAUGCUUCCAUCCGCUACACCUUUAGCGAUUUCUACGACAUGGCGCUUCAUCUGAAGCUAAGCAGGAAGUCAUAUUGCAUUCCAACGUCUGUAUCCAUUCGUCCGGCUCGUGAUACUUCGGCUCAACAUCCCGCAUGUCGCAUCUACUUCGUCUCUUAUCCGCGUUCCGAGAACCCGGCUCGUUUCACACCAACCCUGUUUUGCUGUGACGCCUGUCGCUCCAGCCCUGGAGACGCAGAACUGACUUGGUUCCCGUUGGUGCCGGAAGAUUUUGGGUCAGACAGACAACCUGUUAGCUUGGCUGAAAGCUUGCUACGAGAACGCAUGCGCUCCUCUGCUAAUGGUGUCGCCGAUAUUCGCGUCAGCGAUUCCGGCCGACUGGUGCUCACCGCUUCAAGUCGCAUUUUCAGCGCGUCGGAUAGCUCUGAGAUAAAUGGCUCCUUGGAAUUACUCGACCCAGUGGAGUCCCCCGUAUCGGGUCCGCUGCAGCCGCGACUGUGUCCUUUCAACGACCGCCUCAUAGCGUGUGUCACCAACGGACAGUUAACUGUGGGUGACGCCGACACGAACACCUGGGUUCAGUUGACCCAUGGGUCCUCAGAGAGUGGCAUUUCCUUUGGCAUGCCGUCCUACGUGGUUCAAGAAGAAUUCGAUCGAUAUGUCGGUUUUUGGUGGCAACCAACAACUAGCACAGCCUCGGUUACUCCUCAAGGCCGCCGCGUCUACCGCAUUCUCUAUGAGGUGGUCGAUGAACGUGCUGUGCAAUUGGUGCAUCUUUUAAGCGGUCAAACUACAGAGGCACAUCGCUAUCCGAAAGCUGGUACCGCGAACGCCACAUCUGACUUGCGUGUAUGCGAAUUCGAGCUGACAGACCGUGGCGAAAUCGCAUCCAUUCGCCAUUUGGCUCUUCCAAGCACGCUGUUUCAUUAUCUCCCGGGGGGCUUUGAAUACUUGGUUCGCGCCGGUUGGACUCCCGAUGGUGAAUACGUCUGGUGUCAGCUGAUGCCGAGAUCACAAGGCCGUUUGGAACUCAUUCUGAUCCCAUUGUCACACUUUACAUCCUUCUCUCCUCCGAUUGACGCGGAUCCGCAUACCAAGCCUAGAUCGCCGUGCAUUCGCCUGUUGAUUGAAUCUGAGCCCGAGCUUUGGGUGAACGUUCAUAACUUUUUGGAGUUCUUACAGCAGCCCCUUCGUUUACCUGGUGCCGAUGACGAUGCUGGGGGGCUUUCGCAGUCUACUUAUGAUCAGCUGACUUUCAUUUGGGCCAGCCAUCGCUCAGGAUAUUGUCAUCUCUACCUUAUGCAGCGGGUGUGGCCAAAAUGCGGUCUUGUUGGCCAGGUUGGCUCCGAUUCCUCAACGACAUUUCUUUUGGAUGCCGAGGAAGUCCUCACUGCUCAACUGACAAAUGGUCCGUGGGAGGUCACUGGUAAACGGAUUUGGCUGGAUGAAUCUCAUCACUUGGUCUAUUUCGAGGCGAAUAGAGAACAUCCCCUACUGCAUCACAUAUACGCGGUGAGUUACGAGGCGACCACUCGGGGAAAACUCACAAGAUUGACACCAUUCGACCCGCCGGACUCGCCAUCUCAUCCCGACAAACAUUGCGAUAUGCUGGCCUCAUCCGCCGUUGGCGACACUACAUCCCUAUUGGACCCGGUUUUCCUUGCGCAUCAUGAUCACAGGGAGUACCCUCUAUCGUACAGCCUCUCUGCUUUUGAUCCUAAGUCUGGAUGGGCUGUUUUAUCCUCGAGCAAUUUGGGCCUCACAACUGGAGUCCAGGUUGUACUAAUCACGUGCCCUCCGCCGGGAUCCACUCACUCCAGCUCGGCCUUGACCGCCCUAACCCAUGUUACCUGGCUUCGGCGUCAUAUGCCUUACACCGAUACCCUCCCAGCUGGCUUACGUAUUUGCAAGCCGCCCGUUGUGGUUCGCUUCGACGUAUCGCAAUCGGAAGAGCCACCCGGAGUUCUUCUCCCCGGAGACAUUCCUCGUUCGACUGAGCUCACGUCUCCAGAUAACCGAAGACCCAAAAACACUACCCAUCCAUCUACUUUACUUUACGGCCUGUUGUACGUACCGGAUGGAAUCCCUCCUCCAGGUGGAUUCCCCACAAUCCAUUUCGUGUAUGGUGGCCCCGGAGUGCAGCUCGUACAAGGUUGCUACUCAAAAGUCAUGUUGAUGCACGCGCUCCUCUAUUGUCACUUUGGUUACGCCCUGUUUUUCUGUGAUUGCCGCGGUUCUGCCAAUCGGGGCAUCGAGUUUGCGGGAUACAUUAAAAACCGACUGGGUGUUGUCGAGCUCCAUGAUCAUGUUCACUUCCUGCGACACGUGGCCUGGAACACGGGGCUUAUCAACCUGGAUCGCGUGGCCAUCACCGGUUACUCCUACGGGGGCUACUUGAGUUUGAUGGCCGCGAUGCGUUAUCACCACGUGUAUCGCGCUGCGAUAGCGGGCUCGCCAGUGGUCGACUGGAUCUUUUACGACACAGCCUACACCGAACGGUAUUUAGGUCUUCCAAUGGACAAUCCUAACAGUUACUGGAGUGGCAACGUCGUGCGGUAUGUGGACCAGAUGCCCGCUGAUAUUGUUCGAUUGCUUAUUUGCCACGGGGGUCAAGACGAGAAUGUGCAUUUCGAACACACAGCCCGUUUACUCCAGAAACUGGAAACCGGUGGAAAACCAUUCAAACUGCUAUAUUACCCGACUUCACGACACGGGAUCAAGGAGUAUGAGCACCUUGAGGCGUCUGUGUUGCUUCACUUGGAAUCUGUGCUUCAGCCGGACCGCUCCAAUUGCUGA